AGGAGAAGUUUCCUGUGUGUGUGUGGAGAGAGGAGCAGGAGUGAGGACGCUGGUGCUGGGCUUGUUUUUCACUCAUCAGCUGCUUGUUUUUAUUUAGAGUUAGCAACAUUGGACACAACACAUUUCAGUGGAGGAGGCGGGAGAGGAGGGGACGGUGACCGGCAGUGAGGUAACUUAAGGAGCUGGAAUCCAACUAAUAACAGAAUACAAGGCUGCAGAAAGAGACAAUGUGGAAAUGAAUCUUGUUUCCUGCUCUAGCCAACUAAAGAUAUCAUUUCUUCUUAAGCUUCUGAAUGGUUCAAAGAAACUAUUUUCAUUUUCUGGAUAGAAGUUUUUAACUUAUACAUGAUGAGUCUCACAGGAGAGAGACCACACCUGUGCUCGGAGUGUGAUAGAAGCUUUACACAUAAAUCACGUCUUAUCAUACAUCAGAGGAUUCACACAGGAGAGAAACCAUUUACAUGUUCUGAAUGUAGCAAGUGUUUUUCCUGGAAGUCAUCUCUUGUUAAACAUCAGAGGAGUCACACAGGAGAAAAACCAUUUACAUGUUCUGAAUGUGGGAAGUGUUUUUCCCUGAAGUCUCAUCUCGUUUUACAUCAGAGGAGUCACACAGGAGAGAAACCAUUUGAAUGUUCUGAAUGUAGGAAGUGUUUUCCCCGGAAGGCAGAGCUUGUUAUACAUCAGAGGAGUCACACAGGAGAGAAGCCAUUUGAAUGUACUGAAUGUAGGAAGUGUUUUCCCCUGAAGUGGAAUCUUGUUAUACAUCAGAGGAGUCACACAGGAGAGAAACCAUUUACAUGUUCUGAAUGUAGGGAGGGUUUUCCCCUAAAGUCAGAGCUUAUUAUACAUCAGAGGAUUCACACAGGAGAGAAACCAUUUGAAUGUUCAGAAUGUAGGAAGUGUUUUUCCCUGAAGUCGAAUCUUGUUAUACAUCAGAGGAGUCACACAGGAGAGAAACCAUUUGAAUGUACUGAAUGUAGAAAGUGUUUUUCCCUGAAGUCGAAUCUUGUUAUACAUCAGAGGAUUCACACAGGAGAGAAACCAUUUGAAUGUUCUGAAUGUAGGAAGUGUUUUUCCCAGAAUUCAUUUCUUGUUAUACAUCAGAGGAGUCACACAGGAGAGAAACCAUUUACAUGUUCUGAGUGCAGCAAGUGUUUUUCCCAGAAGUCAUAUCUUGUUAAUCAUCAGAGGAGUCACACAGGAGAAAAACCAUUUACAUGUUCUGAAUGUAGGAAGUGUUUUUCCCAGAAGUCAGAGCUUGUUAUGCAUCAGAGAGUUCACACAGGAAAGAAACCAUUUGAAUGUUCUGAAUGUAGGAAGUGUUUUUCCCAGAAGUCGUAUUUUGUUAUACAUCAGAGGAGUCACACAGGAGAGAAACCAUUUACAUGUUCUGAAUGUAGCAAGUGUUUUUCCCAUAAGUCGUAUCUUGUUAUACAUCAGAGGAGUCACACAGGAGAGAAACCAUUUGAAUGUACUGAAUGUAGAAAGUGUUUUUCCCUGAAGUCGAAUCUUGUUAAACAUCAGAGGAGUCACACAGGAGAGAAACCAUUUGAAUGUUCUGAAUGCAGCAAGUGUUUCUCCGAUAAGUCAUAUCUUGUUAUACAUCAGAGGAGUCACACAGGAGAGAAACCAUUUACAUGUUCUGAGUGCAGCAAGUGUUUUUCCCAGAAGUCACUUCUUACUAUACAUCAGAGGAGUCACACAGGAGAAAAACCAUUUACAUGUUCUGAAUGUAGGAAGUGUUUUUCCCGGAAGUCAGAGCUUGUUAUGCAUCAGAGAGUUCACACAGGAAAGAAACCAUUUGAAUGUUCUGAAUGCAGCAAAAGCUUUACACAUAAAUCACGUCUUAUCAUACAUCAGAGGAGUCACACAGGAGAGAAACCACAUCUGUGUUCUGAGUGUGACAGAAGCUUCACAUGUAAAUCACAUCUUAUCAGACAUCAGAGGAUUCACACAGGAGAGAGACCACAUCUGUGCUCUGAGUGUGACAGAAGCUUUACAUGUAAAUCACAUCUUAUCAUGCAUCAGAGGAGUCACACAGGAGAGAGACCAUUUACAUGUUCUGAUUGCAGCAAGUGUUUUUCCUGGAAGUCAUCUCUUGUUAUACAUCAGAGGAGUCACACAGGAGAAAAACCAUUUACAUGUUCUGAGUGCAGCAAGUGUUUUUCCCGGAAGUCAUAUCUUGUUAUACAUCAGAGAGUUCACACAGGAAAGAAACCAUUUGAAUGUUCUGAAUGCACCAAGUGUUUUUCCCAUGAGUCAUCUCUUGUUGUUCAUCAGAGGAGUCACACAGGAGAGAAACCAUUUACAUGUUCUGAGUGCAGCAAGUGUUUUUCCCGGAAAUCAGAGCUUAUUAUACAUCAGAGGAGUCACACAGGAGAAAAACCAUUUACAUGUUCUGAAUGUAGCAAGUGUUUUUCCCAUGCGUCAUCUCUUGUUAUUCAUCAGAGGAGUCACACAGGAGAGAAACCAUUUACAUGUUCUGAAUGUAGGAAGUGUUUUCCCCAGAAGUCACCGCUUGUUAUACAUCAGAGGAGUCACACAGGAGAGAAACCAUUUGAAUGUUCUGAAUGUAGGAAGUGUUUUUCCCGGAAGUCACUUCUUACUAUACAUCAGAGGAGUCACACAGGAGAGAAACCAUUUACAUGUUCUGAAUGUAGGAAGUGUUUUCCCCAGAAGUCAGAGCUUGUUAUACAUCAGAGGAGUCACACAGGAGAGAAACCAUUUGAAUGUUCUGAAUGUAGGAAGUGUUUUUCCAUGAAGUCACAUCUUGUUAGACAUCAGAGGAGUCACACAGGAGAGAAACCAUUUACAUGUUCUGAAUGCAGCAAGUGUUUUUCCCAGAAGUCUUAUCUUGUUAUACAUCAGAGGAGUCACACAGGAGAGAAACCAUUUACAUGUUCUGAAUGUAGGAAGUGUUUUCCCCAGAAGUCAGAUCUUGUUGUACAUCAGAGGAGUCACACAGGAGAGAAACCAUUUAUAUGUUCUGAAUGCAGCAAGUGUUUUACUAGAAAGAAAACACUCAGUAAUCACAUGCGGAGUCACUCAUCACAUGUAACUUAUCACAACUGUAUGAAUUCAAUGGAGCCAAUAUUUAUUUUCUGAAUGUGACAAGUGUUUUAUAUAAAUGACUCUUGAUAAAGACAGGAGAGGUCAGACAAGUGGACCUGGAGGUACUUUUCCCCUUGGGAAGGUCUCUGUGUUAGGAACUAGAGCUGCAGUAUAACAAUAGCCAAUGACCGUGGGACUGCCAUUACUGAGCUCUGUAAUAUACAGCUGUUCUGCUCAUGCAGGUGCUGGGACUAGUAGAGAGUUCCAGCAGCUCCUCUCAGUACUGGGAUUCCUUCUCUGACCAGCAGGGCUAUGAGUACUGGGUAUUUCUACAGGAACAAUGUAUGCUGUUCUGUUUCACCAUAUGGGUUAUAUUUACUAAAUAUCAGUUUUUCAAAGCCACUGAUUCUUACUGUCUAUGAUCGCUGGAUGAUAACGGGCAGUAAUAAUACAUGUAAAUUCAGGCUUGUUUUGCUUGUAUUUCUAUUGCCUUUAAAUCCAGCACACAAAUGGAGUGAAAAUCUCUGGCUUUCAAAAAAACUGUAGUAACUACAGUAUACCCGCUACAGGUCUUUCCUCUGGUCUCUUAUACCUCUGUAUUAUUUCUCUAAUACCUUUUAUAUUACUACUAUUACUGUUUAGUAAAAUGGUGCAAGUAAAACACUGGUCAUCUGUAUCCCAUAGCAACCAAAUGAUAACACUUGUUUGUUUGCUGGCACUAGACAGCUAAUAGCCGAUAUCUGGUUGCUAUGGGUUACAGCACAUGCUUGCUUUCCACAUCAUGUAAGUAAAUAAGUCCCAAUUUGUGCGCAUUGGGCCUAAUUCAGAUCUGAUUGCAGCAGCAAAAUUGUUAGAUAAUGGGCAAAACUAUUUGCUCUGUGGUGGGGCAGAUAUAACGUGCAGAGGGAAUUAAUUAGAUUUUUCUCGGUUAUUUGUUUCUGUGCAGGGUAAAUACUGGCUGCUUUAUUUUUAUACUGCAAUUUAGAUUUCAGUUUGAACACACCCCGCCCAAAUCUAACUCCCCCCACACAUGUUAUAUCUGCCACCCCCCCCCCCUGCACUGCACAUGGUUGUGUCCAUUAGCUAACAAUUUUGCUGCUGCGAUCAGAUCUGAUUUAGGGCUUCUGUGUACCAGGGUAAUAGUAAAGUUCCUUCACAAUAAAUGAAACUAGUAUGACAGUAAUAAUAUACACAAUACUAACUUUGACAUAGGGGGUUAUUCAGGCCUGAACACAGCCAUGCAUCUGUACGCAGUGGCUGCAUUUUGGUGGUCUGCGCACAUGCACUGGCCGCAGUGCACAUGUGUGACCCUUCUCGCGGCUGCAUCUAUGAAGGAUGUGGCUGCAAGAUGAUUGGGGGUGGGGUGUGGUGGACCCAACAAGGGCAUGCCGUGACUGUUUUCGGUGCGUGAUGUCCCAUGCAGCAGCUCCAUUUAUAAGAUAUGGAGGCUGACCAUCUGACUGCGCAGACAGGCUGCACUGCCAGGGGUCAACAUUAGUUUGAUGCGUCCACAAUCUAAUUGCAGAUGCAUCGGGCUGGCAGACCAUCACACAUACCGGGCAGCCUUGUCCUGUGCUGGGCGGCUCCCAGCAUGUGAGGAGAUGGACGCAGAUCUGGCUGCAUAUAUCUCUGAAUCAGGUCCAUAGUACUCAGUGAUGUAACUCAGACAGAUCUGUCCUGUAUGUAGACUGAAGGGCCAUGUACAAAUAAUGGGCCGGAUGUAAUGGCUUGCGAGACGGCCGGAGCUCCGAGACUGGUUUUGCAUUGUAAACAUUUGCUGCUUUUAAAAAAACAUUUCAAGUUCGGCCGGAUUGGAGCUCUGGCCGUCUCCAAUCCAUUACAUCCGGCCGCAUAUCUGUAAUAACCAUACAUGUUACUAGCAGUUGUCCCCAUAACACUCAUUGAGUAAAAGGAUUUCAUCAGUAUUUAAUACUUUUGUACAUUCCUCUUCUACAUUUUAGAAGAUAGACCCAGGAGAGAUACUUAGGUGAUCAUGUAACAAUGACUAUCUGGCACCUCAAAGAAUCAUUUUAUCAUUAUCUCUUACGUCCUAGAGGAUGCUGGGGUCCACAUUAGUACCAUGGGGAAUAGACGGGUCCCUUGGGAGCCAUGGGCACUUUAAGAGUGUGGGCUGGCUCCUCCCUCUAUGCCCCACCUACCACACUCAGUUUAGAAAAUGUGCCCGUUGGAGCCGGUCACAGCUAGGGGAGCUCCUAGGAGUUCUUUUUUUUUGAAUUGGGUAUAGGCGACAGCCUCCCUGCUUCGUGGGACUUAGGGAGGGAAUAGGAACCAACCCUAGAGGUUAAUGUCUCCUAUUUCUGCUGACAGGACACUGAGCUCCUGACGGUGAUGAUCGCUAGCCCCCGAGGCAGCACUGCCGCCACCCCCUAACAGAGCCAGAAGGUCGAGGUGGUGAGUAUGACGCCGGUGCCCCGAUAAGCGGGUCACCGGUGAGAAUGGUGGCACAAGGGUGGGAGUACAGCCGUGUAAGUCUGCGCUCCAGAGGGCUCAGAGGUACAUGUGUGCGGCGCUGUGAGGGGAGCCCUGGGCAAGCGCAAUACCCUUUACGCUGGUCCCUAUUGCUAUCAGGGACUCUGUAUUGCUACUAGCCACCAUUACCUCAGGCCAGUAUAAUCUCCAGAAGUGCGGGAAGACGUGCCAUUACAGGGGGCGGAGCUUCUCUUCAGAACGGAUCCAGCACUCACCAGCACCAUUUUCUCCCUGCAGAUCACAGCUCAGAGACGCUGACAGGGAGCGCUGCCCCUCAACAUAACUCCAGCUAUCCUGUGCGGUACCAGAGGGUUACAGAGGGGGGAGAGUGUUCACAUUUUAGUACUGUAUAGUCUAUUAAGGUUACUCAGUCAGCACCAGACUUUUAUUAUAUAACUGCCUACUGGGGCACUGUGUGUGCUGGCUCCUUAACUCUGUCUCUCUGAAGGUACUUGGGGGAACCUGUGUCUGACAUUUUUCUCUGUGUGUGUGUAUGUUUAUAUAUCUCACAUUACCAUGUCUAGGGACUCUGUGUCUUGUGCUGCAGAGUGUGUAUCUUCUCCAGAGGAGUCUAUUCCAUGUACUCAGGAAUGCAAUAUACUGUCUCAGUCUUCUGAAUCCGAACCCCAGUGGGUGGCUUCUAUUAAGGGAAUGAUAUCCCAGAUUUCAUCUAGGAUAGCUCAUAAUGAGACUGAAACACAGGUUUUGAAAAAAUCUGUAGAGGUUUUGUCGUAUUCUGCUCCCACUACCUCAUCCAAAUCCCCUGGUAUAUGCCCCCAAAAAGCGUGCUCUUGCCCAGAUAUUGCAGGUCGACACGGAAACCGACUCUAAUACGGGAGUUGGUGAUAGAAAUAUACUGGGGGGGAGGCAUCCCUUGCUAAGGGGGUGCAACUCAUAAUUGAGGCCAUUAGGGACGUUUUACACAUUACUGACAAGGUACCUGAGCAGGUUGAGGAGGCUUACUUUACAGACAAUAAGAAAGCCUCCCUUGCCUUCCCUGCGUCUAAGGAAUUAAACGCAUUGUUUGAAAAAUCCUGGGAAAUUUCGGACACAAAAUUCCAGAUCCCAAAGAGGGUUCUCGUUGCUCCUCCUUUCUCUGAAGAGGACAGGAAAAAGUUGGAAAAACCCUCCUAUAGUAGAAGCUUCUGUAUCUAGAUUGUCUAAAAAGGUGGUUUUACCUGUCCCUGGGUCUACCACUUUGAAAGAGCCGGCAGACCGCAAGAUUGAGACUAUGCUCAAAUCAAUAUACACAGCUUCAGGCAUGUGGUUAAGGCCCACUAUUGCCUGUGCAUGGAUUUCUAAAUCCAUAGUAAAGUGGUCAGGCACAUUAUUAGAGGAUUUAGAUUCUAUGGAUAGAAGUGACAUUAAAAUGUUUUUCUCUGACGUCCUAGUGGAU